GACCUAUGGAUUAUUUACACUGCUUUAGAAUUAGAAGUUAGAAGUCUCCCGUUCGAUCAAUCAUUGUCUUGUAAGCUUACAAUGACCGACUGAUUGUGACCAAUUUGUCUACAGCUAUCUGAACACGCGAUCGACCAACCCGACCACCAGAAAAACAACACAGUUUUCUUUACGAGCAGGGAUUUAAAUAUGUUUUAAGACACGAUUUUAAUGCCACAAGCAGGGGAUUAAACGAAGAUCUGUCGAUAUUUUUAUCCUAUAGGUGACCAUUCAGUCUCUUGAUGUUCAUUUCGCCCUAGACAAAGAGAAGACGAAACAACAAGAUGGUGUAGGAUAUCUAGAUUUAGUUACAAGCUGAAGUAAAAGUCAUCCAACAGGCGACUGGAACAUCAUGGCCCGUGUCCCUCAUAUUCUAGUUGAGGACGAAGACUUACUAACUCCAAGAGAACAGCAGGAGGAACAAAAGUGGAGCGACUUCUUCCAGAAAAAGAAAGCAGAAAUACAAAGGAGAGACUUAUCAUCAAGAGAGCGGAGAUCAAAAUCAGCCAGAAAAAUGAAAGAACUCAAUCAAAGAUGGCGGAACUUGGAAUCAAGAAGAAUCGAGAGGUCGAACACAGAAUUAGAACGACUGAGAUCUACCUUAUCUGCCGCUCAACUCUCUAUAGCUAAUAGCGGACAAUCAACGGACGAUAACUCUUAGCACCAGCUUGUUUUUAAUCUGAGAUUUAUUGUAACGAAACCAGAUACUGAGAUUUUAAUGUCCGUUUACAGGAUAUUCCAAUGACUAAAAUCAUUUGAUUUAGUUUUGGCUGCAUUCAUUUCAGUUUUAUCAAUAAUAUUCAUCUUUUCCUCUUGAAGUGCUUCCAAAGAAUCAUGAAGUUCAUAUUAAAU